UGAAGCAUGAGGAUGUAGAAAUAACAGGGAUCGUACUACAAUUCUGAACUUUACCCCUCUACAUUGUGCUUGUUGUCUAUGGACUGAAUCUUCCGAACACGUUAUUGAACCAUUGCAUUUAAUAAACUAAAAUAAUUCGACAUGAAGAAUAAAACAAAGAAACGAAGUAUUGAUGAACUGGGAGGAGAAGAAGAUGUAAAGAAUUCAAAUGAAGGUCAGAAACAGAAAAAAAUGAAACAACCUCAUCUAAAUCCUGAAGGAAACCACAUCAGUAAGAAAAAGAAAUCUAACUUAACGGAAAUUUCUCAACCUAAUAAUACAUCAGUACUUAAAAAAACAAAAAAGAAGAAAAAUCUUGAAAAUACGGAGAAAUUAAAUAAAAAUAAAUCCUCAACAAAUUCUUGUGAUGACGAAGUUAAUGUUAAUAGUGAUGAGGUAAAAAAUGUGCAAAUAAAAGAAAAAAUAAAAGAUCUAAAAGCUAGGCAAGCGAAACGGGAAAAAAGAAAACAGAUGAGGAAAGAUCAUGGUCAGUUUAAAGUGCGUGAUGUACCUUUAGAAUCUAUACAAGCAAAAAUUGCUGAAAUUGAAGGUCGAGAAAACAUAAGUAAAACUGCAAAAAGAAAGUUACGUGCGUUCAAAAGGAAGUUACUCGAUGUGCAGGGAAUUUCAUCACCACCAUCGGAAAAACCAAAACUCACAAAGAGUCAAAAGAAGAUGAUGAAACAGGAAAAAUCUAAGUUACAAACUGUUGAUAAAUCAGAACAUAAAGAUGAAGAAUCUUCUGAAGAAGAUAAUUUAAGUCAAGAAAUUGAAACUCUAGUUGUUAGUAGGAAUGAAAAAAUUAAAAAAAAAGAUGUCAAAUUAAAUAAGGCAAAAAGUUCAUUAAAAUCAGAGAACAAAAAAAAAUCCCAGACUGCAAAGAACAGUAAAAUAUUAAUUGAAAAUAAAGAAGACUCAAGUGAGGAAGAUAACGAAGAAAGUGAAAUGGUUGAAAAUGAAAGUGAAGAUGAUAGUCCUGAAGAGUCUAGUCAGUUGAUGGAUGAGAAUGAGAGCAAUGCAAGUGACGAGGAAGAUAAUUCCAGUGACAAAGAUAUUCAACAAAAUAAUGAAAUGAAGGAGUUGAAAACUGAAAGUUUAAAUAACACAAAAAAUGAUGAUUUGAAAAAAACUGUUCAAAAACCAAUCAAACAAAAGCAACAGAAAAAUGAUAAUAAAAAUGCUUCAAAACAAGAAGGUUCGGAGAAGAAGAAGAGAUACGUAUUAUUCGUUGGAAAUCUUCCAUUCCAAUCAACUGUUGAGGAUAUAAAGAAGCAUUUUCUACAAAAAGUCAGUCAAGUCAUUAGUGUCCGUAUUCCAACCGAAAAAGGAUCAAAGAAGCCACGUGGUUUUGCUUACGUGGAAGUUACCAACAGCGUAGACUAUGAGAAAGCACUGUCUCUACAUCACACAAAUCUUCAAGGCUUCAAAAUAAAAGUGGAAUACACUCAAACAGGAUCAAAGAACAUCAAAAAUAAACAAGAAGUCGUAGCAAAAAAUAAAAAAUUACACGCACUUCGCAAAGCAGGACUAUUAGCGGGAAGUAAGAAACGAAAUGAUCAACGUAACUUUCGACGAAAGCACUUAAAAAAUCAGGGUUCUGAAAUAAAAAGUACAGCUAAUUAGAAAUCUUGUAUUUAUAAGUUCUCUAAUUUUGUAAUUUCCGCAAUUUUCUAUAUUCGUAUAUAUGUAAAUGUAUAUAAGUGUAAAUUGCAAUAUUCUGCCUUAUGCCAUAAAAAAUUUACUACAAACAAUUAAACUUUAUUUCUUAAAA